AUGUACGGCACCGGUACUGGCGCUCAGACGGGCGUGUCGACCCCUCGGUCUUCCGCCUCUCUCCGACCUUUGACCCUCUCCCACGGCUCUCUCGAGACCUCUUUCCUCAUCCCUACAAGCCUCCACUUCCACGCCAUCCAACUAAAAGACCGCUUUGUUGCGAGUCUGCCCCCACCAACCGACGAGCUUGCACAAGAUGACGAGCCAUCUUCCACUCCUGAGCUGGUGGCCAGAUACAUGGGCUACAUUGCCCAAGAGGUCGAGAAGGGCGAGGAUGACUCCCAGGGCUCCUACGAGGAUGUGCUCAAGCUGAUUCUUAACGAGUUUGAGCGGGCCUUCCUCCAUGGCAAUGAUGCCCACGCCUUGGCCGCAACCCUGCCAGGUAUCGACGCAAAGAAAUCCGAGGUCCUUCGCAGCUACUAUGCCGCAAGGUCAGUUUUGAACAGGGCUGUCCGCCCCCACCAGUCUGCUCUUUUCCGGGCGGCUGAGGAAGGAGAUGCCUCCAUCUACAACAUUUUCGGUGGCCAGGGCAACAUCGAGGAAUACUUCGAGGAGCUGCGCGAGUUGUGGCAAACUUACCCUGCCUUCAUCGGUGACCUCGUUUUGACCGCUGCUGAGCAGCUGCAGACUCUGGCCAACAACCCCUCGGCCGAGAAGCUAUUCACCAAAGGUCUGGACAUCAUGAACUGGCUGCAAAAUCCAGAAGCUACCCCAGAUGUCGACUACCUGAUCACGGCUCCUGUGAGCUUCCCACUUAUCGGUCUCGUUCAGUUGGCGCAUUACGAGGUUACCUGCAAGGCCCUCGGAAUCCACCCAGGCACGCUGAGGGAACGCAUCAGCGGUACCACUGGUCAUUCCCAAGGUGUUGUGAUGGCUGCUGCCACUGCUGCAGCAGACUCCUGGGAGACUUGGCCAGAAAUUGUCAAGUCAUCCCUCUCAAUCCUUUUCUGGAUUGGAGCUCGCAGCCAGCAGACAUUCCCUCGGACUUCCAUGACUCCCUCGGUGCUGCAGGACUCGAUUGAGAACGGCGAGGGAACGCCCACGCCCAUGCUGAGCAUUCGCGACCUCUCGCAAGAUCAGGUCCAGACGCACAUCGAUGCAACCAACAAGUACCUCCCUGCCGACCGACACAUUGCCAUUUCACUCAUCAACAGCCCGCGAAACAUGGUCGUGACGGGACCACCCAUGUCCCUGUACGGUCUGAACCUGCAGCUUCGAAAAGUCAAGGCACCCACAGGUCUCGACCAAACACGGGUUCCGCAUACCCAGCGGAAGGUCCGAUUUGUGAACCGAUUCCUUCCUAUUACCGCCCCGUUCCACAGCAAGUACCUCGCUGAGGCAACCUCCCUCAUCGACGAAGACCUGAAGAACAUCAAAAUCGAUGCCAAGUCGCUGGCCAUCCCUGUUUACGACACCAACACUGGAAAGGACAUUCGUGAGGAGGUCAAGGGCAAUGUCGUUCCAACUUUGAUCCGCCUCAUCACUCGGGACACCGUGAACUGGGAGAAGGCGACAGUCUUCGAAAAUGCGACCCACGUGCUGGAUUUCGGCCCGGGUGGUGUUUCCGGUCUCGGCAUCCUCACCAGCCGUAACAAGGAGGGUACUGGUGUUCGCGUCAUUCUCGCUGGCACUAUCAGCGGAUCAGUAAAUGAUGUUGGUUACAAGCCCGAGAUCUUUGACCGCGACGAGGAGCAUGCUGUCAAGUAUGCCAUCGACUGGGUGAAGGAGUACGGGCCAAGGUUGAUCAAGAACUCCAGCGGCAAGACGUUUGUGGACACCAAGAUGAGCAGGCUUCUUGGUAUCCCUCCCGUCAUGGUUGCCGGUAUGACUCCUUGCACAGUGGAAUGGGACUUCGUCGCUGCCACAAUGCAAGCUGGAUAUCACAUUGAGCUUGCAGGUGGUGGUUAUUUCGAUCCUGGGAUGAUGACUGCAGCGCUCAAGAAGAUCGAGAAGGCAAUUCCUGCUGGGCGAGGUAUCGGCGUGAACCUCAUCUACGUGAACCCAAGGGCCAUGGCCUGGCAAAUUCCUAUGCUCGGCCGACUCAGGGCCGAAGGUGUGCCGAUUGAGGGUCUCACUAUUGGAGCUGGCGUGCCUUCUAUCGAGGUUGCUCAAGAGUACAUCGAGACACUGGGCUUGAAGCACAUUUCCUUCAAGCCUGGCUCCUCUGAGGCCAUCCAGGCCGUCAUCAACAUCGCCAAGGCAAACCCUACAUUCCCUGUCAUGCUCCAGUGGACUGGUGGUCGUGGCGGUGGUCACCACUCUUUCGAGGACUUCCACCACCCCAUCUUGAACAUGUACGGCAGGAUCCGUCGACAGGAGAACCUCAUCCUCGUUGCCGGCAGUGGUUUCGGCGGUGCAGAAGACACUUAUCCAUACAUCACCGGAGAGUGGUCAAAGAAGUUUGGUUACCCCCCGAUGCCUUACGAUGGGUGCCUCUUCGGCAGCCGAAUGAUGGUCGCCAAAGAGGCGCACACCAGCAAGGACGCCAAGAAGGCCAUCGUCGAAGCUCCCGGUGUUGACGACAGCGAGUGGGAGAAGACAUAUCAGGGACCCACUGGUGGUGUUCUCACGGUUCGCUCUGAGAUGGGCGAGCCCAUUCACAAGCUUGCCACUCGUGGUGUUAGGUUUUGGGCUGAGAUGGACCAAAAGAUCUUCACUCUGCCAAAGGAGAAGCGCAUCGCUGAACUCAAGAAGAACAAAGCCUACAUCAUCAAGAAGCUCAACGAAGACUUCCAGAAGGUGUGGUUUGGCAAGAACAAGGCUGGCGAGUCCGUCGAUCUCGAGGAUAUGACUUACGGCGAGGUCGUGCGCAGGCUAGUCGAGCUUCUUUACGUGAAGCACCAGUCCCGCUGGAUUGAUCCUACCUUCACCAAGAUGACCGGAGACUUCAUCCACCGUGUGGAGGAGCGCUUCACGUCCACCACGGGCAAGCCCUCGCUUCUGCAGAGCUACUCCGAACUUGCUGAGCCAUACUCUGCCGUGGAGAAGAUCUUGUCGCAGUACCCCGACGCCGACAAGCAGAUCAUCAACGCUCAGGAUGUUCAGUAUUUCUUGAUGCUGUGCAUGAACCCGUUCCAAAAGCCAGUGACCUUCGUGCCUGCCUUAGACGAUAACUUCGAGUUCUACUUCAAGAAGGAUUCGCUCUGGCAGUCUGAGGAUCUGGACGCUGUCAUCGGACAGGACGUCGGUCGAACUUGUAUCCUGCAAGGACCAACGGCCGUCAGAUACUCCACAAUUGCCGACGAGCCUAUCAAGCAGAUUCUUGAUGGCAUUCACAAUGGUCAUAUCAACUACCUAACACGCGACAUGUACAACAACGACCCAACUAAGAUUCCUGCCAUUGAGUACUUUGGCGGUAAGCUCGUUGACUCCGAGAUUCCUCUCGACUCUGAGGGUGUCACUGUUUCGUAUGACAACAACAAGAACAUAUACCGCAUCGCGAACACCCCCUCAGCAACGCUGCCCACUGUUGAUGAUUGGCGCACACUCCUUGCCGGACCAAAGCGUUCAUGGCGACAUGCUCUCCUCAUGUCGGAGGUUGUUGUCCAAGGUCAGAAGUACCAGACCAACCCUAUGAAGCGGAUCUUCGCACCUGCUCGUGGAUUGUAUGUGGAGAUACUCUACCCCAACACUCCGGAGAAGACAACCAUUGUCGUCAAAGAGCAACCCCGCCACAAUCAAUACGUUGAUGUCAUUGAGGUGAAGAUGACCGGGGACAACAAGAUUGUGGUCAACAUGAUCAAGGACACAACGGCCCUUGGCAAGCCUGUUUCGCUGCCUCUCGAGUUCAUCUACCACCCUGAGGCUGGUUAUGCUCCAAUUCACGAAGUCAUGGAUGGGCGCAAUGACCGCAUCAAAGAGUUCUACUGGCGAGCCUGGUUCGGUGACGAGAAACUGGACCUCGAUGCCAUUGUGACUGGCAGGUUCGAUGGCGGCAAAGCAACAGUCACCAGUGAGGCCAUCAACGACUUCGCACACGCUGUUGGCAACCACGGCGAAGCAUUCAUUGACCGACCGGGCAAAAUCAUGUAUGCGCCAAUGGACUUCGCAAUCGUCGUUGGGUGGAAGGCUAUCACCAAGCCUAUCUUCCCUCGUACCAUCGACGGCGACUUGUUGAAGCUCGUGCAUCUGUCAAACGAGUUCCGCAUGAUGCCCGGUGCUGAGCCCCUCAAGAAGGGCGACCAACUAACGACCACCGCUCGCGUCAACGCUGUCGUCAACCAGGACUCUGGCAAGAUGGUCGAAGUGUGUGGCACCAUUGAACGUGAUGGCGAGGAUGUGAUGGAGGUGACAUCUCAAUUCCUCUACCGGGGCGUUUACACCGACUAUGAGAACACCUUCCAGCGCAAGAUUGAGACGCCUAUGCAGAUUCACCUGGAGACGGCCAAGGAUGUUGCCGUGCUCAAGUCAAAGGAGUGGUUCCAGGUCGAUGAUAAGGCCCUCAACUUGGACUUGCUCGGCAAGAUCUUGACAUUCCGUCUGGAGUCACUUGUUCGCUUCAAGACGAAGACUGUUUACAGCAACGUCGAGACUCGCGGUCAGGUCCUCCUCGAGCUUCCAACCAAGGAAAUCGUCCAGGUUGCAUCUGUUGACUACUCGUCGGGCGAGUCCCACGGCAACCCUGUCAUCGACUACCUCCAGCGCAACGGAGCAUCCAUCGAGCAGCCAGUGAUGUUCGAGAACCCGAUCCCUCUGAGCGGAAAGACACCUCUGCAGCUGAGAGCCCCGGCGUCCAACGAAGGAUACGCACGCGUCUCGGGCGACUACAACCCUAUCCACGUUUCUCGAGUCUUCGCCAACUACGCCAACUUGCCCGGAACUAUCACACACGGCAUGUUCUCUAGUGCAGCUGUGCGAAGUCUGGUGGAGACCUGGGCGGCCGAGAAUAAUGUAGGACGUGUCCGAAGUUUCCACGCUUCCCUCGUGGGUAUGGUGCUGCCCAAUGAUGAAAUCCAGGUCAAGAUGCAACACGUGGGAAUGGUUGCUGGACGCAAGAUCAUCAAGGUCGAAGCCAGCAACAAAGAGACCGAAGAGAAGGUGCUCCUUGGAGAGGCCGAAGUCGAGCAGCCCGUGACAGCCUACGUCUUCACCGGACAAGGCUCUCAGGAGCAAGGUAUGGGUAUGGACUUGUAUGACAGCAGUCCUGUGGCCAAGGAGGUCUGGGACCGCGCAGACAAGUAUCUCAUGGACACCUACGGCUUCGCCAUUACGAACAUUGUGAGGAACAACCCCAAGGAACUCACGAUUCACUUUGGUGGCCCCCGUGGCAAGGCUAUCCGGGCGAACUACAUGGCAAUGACUUUCGAGACGGUGGCCGCAGAUGGUUCCAUCAAGUCGGAGCGUAUCUUCAACGAGAUCAGCGAGAGCACCCCGUCUUACACGUACAAGUCGCCCAGCGGUCUGCUGUCGGCCACUCAGUUCACACAGCCUGCCUUGACCUUGAUGGAGAAGGCAAGCUUUGAGGACAUGAAGGCGAAGGGCCUCGUUCCCCGCGACAACACAUUUGCUGGACAUUCUCUUGGCGAGUACAGUGCUCUUGCUGCGCUGGCUGAAGUCAUGCCCAUCGAAUCCUUGGUCUCGGUCGUUUUCUACCGUGGUCUGACGAUGCAAGUUGCUGUGGAGCGAGAUGCUUCUGGACGCUCCAACUACUCCAUGUGUGCUGUCAACCCAAGCCGAAUCUCCAAGACUUUCAACGAGGAGGCUCUUCGGUUCGUCGUUGCCAAUGUUGCCGAGGCUACAGGGUGGCUGCUCGAGAUUGUCAACUUCAACAUUGCCAACAUGCAGUAUGUGUGUGCUGGUGACCUCCGCGCCCUGGACACCCUGGGCUUUGUCUGCAACUACCUGAAGGUGCAAAAGAUCAACAUCGAGAAGAUGAUGGGGGAGAUGUCGAUUGAGGAGGUGAAGGGCCAUUUGGUGCAAAUCAUUCAGGAGGGCGCGUCGCAGACGGAGAAGAAGCCAAAGCCUCUCGAGCUCGAGAGGGGAUUCGCCACGAUCCCUCUCAAGGGCAUCGAUGUGCCAUUCCACUCGACGUUCUUGCGCAGCGGUGUCAAGCCGUUCCGAUCUUUCCUACUCAAGAAGAUCAACAAGACCACCAUCGACCCGUCCAAGCUGGUGGGCAAGUACAUCCCCAACGUCACGGCCAAGCCUUUUGCCCUGACCAAGGAGUACUUUGAGGAUGUGUACAAGCUUACCAACUCGCCUCGCAUUGCCAAUGUGCUGGCGAACUGGGACUCGUACCAAGGAGAUGGUACUGGCCCAGCCGAAGGUAUCAACGGCACCACCGUCGUUAACGGCACCACCAAUGGCGUGCACUCUGACUAG